AUGCCGCCCAUCAACGUUCUAAGCAGUGUCAGGUUAGGGAAUGCCGCCCAUCAACGUUCUAAGCAGUGUCAGUCCUCAGAGUACAGCAAGUGGAAGUUCACCAACAGCCCCACGUUCCUGGAGUUGCUGGAGGAGUUCCCAUCCCUGCGGGUGUCUGCUGGCUUCCUGCUCUCCCUGCUCCCCAUUCUGAAGCCCAGGUUUUACUCCAUCAGCUCCUCCCAGGAUCACAGGCCCACAGCGAUCCACCUGACUGUGGCCGUGCUCAUGUACCACACUCGAGAUGGCCAGGGUCCCCUGCACCACGGCGUCUGCAGCACAUGGCUCAACAACCGAAGCCCCAAGACCAAGUGUCCUGCUUUGUGCGGAAGAGUGCAGGGAGGCCGCAUGACCCCGGUGUUCGAGUGCCGCAGCCCAAAUGAGGACCACGUCUACCAGGAGGAGAUGCUGGAGAUGGCCCGGAAGGGGGUGCUGCCUGCGGUGCCCACAGCCUGUUCCUGCCUGCCUGGCAAGCCCAAGGUCUGUGUUCAGGACAUCCUGCAGCAGCAGCUGGCCAGCGAGGUGCUCCGUGUGCUCCACAAGGAGCCGGGCCACCUCUAUGUUUGCAGGGCUGUGUGCAUGGCCUGGGAUGUGGCCCGCACCCUAGCAGCUGGUGGUUGCCAAGCUGAACUUGAAUGAGGAGCAGGUCGAGGACUAUUUCUUUCAGCUCAAGAGCCAGAAGCACUUCCAUGACGAUAUCUUUGGUGCUGUAUUUCCCUACGAGGCAAAGAAGGACAGGGCGGUAGUGCAGCCCAGCAGCCUGGAGAUGUCAGCGCUCUGAGGGCCCACAGGAGGGGUUAAAGCUGCCAGCACAGAACUUAACGAUGGAGCCAGCUCUGCAUUAUCCGAGGUCACAGGGCCUGGGGAGAUGGAGGAAAGUGAUAUCCCCCAGUCUCACGUCUUAUUUCUCACCUCGUUCCCCAUCAAGCCCUUUACUUGACCUCCUACCAAGUAGCACCCUGGAUUGAUCGGAGCCUCCUCUCUCAAGCUGGGGCCUCCCUGGUCCCUUGGAGACGAAACCUUCAAUGCCAGGCCUGGCAAGUGGGUGAAAGAUGGAACCCGCUGGACACUGGGAAAGGAGCCAGUCCCCUGAAGAGAACACUCUGGUCAGUUGGUGGAGGCCAGUGGGAAGCCAUCAGACCUGCUUUCCAGGAGGGGUGAAGGGUUGGUGCAGGGUGCAAGCUAAAUUGUAAACUCUCUGGAGGAAGGACCCUAUCUGUCUGCUUCAUGACUGCGCUCCCAGCAUGUGGAGUGCUUCCUGCACAAAGCGGGCGACAGUGAAAUCGUUGAAUGAGUCAGUGAAGAAAUGAAUAACACCUCCUUCUUUGGUCUGAUUUGACACUUACUGACUGUGUGACCGCAAGCAAGUAACCUGCACUUGUGAGUUUCUUUCCUCAUCUAAAAAAGCAGAUCCCAACGCUUCCUUCAUGCAGGACAGUAAUAAUUAUUAAUAAUAAUGACAAUAAAUUUUAGCCACCUUUUCUUCUGGGCCCUCAUCCCAGAGGCAUCAGCUCCCAUCCUGUUCAAGGUACCCCAGACCUCCUUUACCCCCUCCCCCUGUGUACCCAUAGGAGCCUCUUCAAGCUCCAGGCUGCGGCGCCUUACCGAGAAGCUCUGGCCUCGGACGAAGGGCAUUUUUCGGGGCAGACUUCGCUCCUCAGACCCCCAAGAGUUGUUGAUCUGGGUGUUACGGACCACAGCAUUCUCAUCAAAACGGGGGUUCAUGUGGAAGGCGAUGUGGCUCCCAGAGCACAGGUUGAUGUGGAACCUGGGGUGGGCAGCCUACUUGGAUCUUUGUCCACUGAGUUCUGAGCCCCAUUUCCUCCGCAUCAUCCCCAGCCUGCCAAAAGCCAGGGGAAUGGCUGGAAUGACCUUGAAGGGCUCUCUCUUCCCAGAGGUCACUGGAGCCUUUGGCUUACCUCUGAGCACUGGGCAGGACAGUGCCUGACAGGAUGAUGGACUUGGAUGGGUACAGCCCUCCCGGAAUGGCGGUGAUGAAAGGCAUCGGCUGUCAGAAGGACGGGGACAGGUCAGCCAGUGGCAGCCAGGGCAGCCGCCACAUGGAAGGGGAAGAUUGUACCAGUUCCCAUGAAUUUAGGCUGUCAGCUGAGAAGAAGCCCACGAUAUCUUUACUUGGUUCCAUAAAAGCCAAAGGAAAACU